GUGGAUAUGGGUCGCUCGCCAUCGACAACUCCAUUGGGACGGAGCUCAAAUAUGGCCUCCUCAGCUUCACUUCCCAUAAUCAGUGGUGGUCUCAGCAUCUCUACAUCGCUCUCCUCCUCCUCCUCCUCCUCCUCUAUCAAUCACUCUUCAACAGUCUUCAAGUGGGGAUUGAGAAGGGAUCAAGAGACAAAAUUGUUUACUCAUAGAACAAAGGGUCAAGCAGUUCGUGUCUUGGCAAAUCCUAAUGUGACUCCCAGAAAGGCUGAAAAGAAAGAGGUGAUAAUGGUUGAUCCAUUGGAAGCCAAGAGGUUAGCUGCAAAACAAAUGGCAGAAAUUAAAGAAAAAGAGAGACUAAAAAGACGACGCGAGAUUGAAGCAAUUAAUGGAGCGUGGGCUAUGAUUGGUCUGACGGCAGGCUUAGUCAUUGAAGGCCACACUGGAAACAGUAUUCUAUCUCAGUUGGCUGGAUACUGGGCAGCCAUAGUCCAUUUUUUCGUGAGAUAGAUAUCUUUCGUGCAUUAACAAGAUGGGAAGAAACCACACAUAUGAAUCAUUCUUUAAAAUGGAUGGAGGAUGAUCUUUAAUUUACUUUACUCUUCUCUUUGUCUUUUUUUUUUUUUUUUUUUCAGUUCACAAUUUGUUGUAUCAUAAGAAUGGAAUUAUUUGUCAACUUUGUAUGGUGAAUUUUUUUAAUUCAUCGGGAGGGUUCAUAACAUGUGAACGUAAAACAGAGAGGUUGUUACAACUACCUCUUUUAUGGCAUUAUUCAUGGAAAAUGAUCCAAUAAUUUAACUUUGGACAAACUUCAUUUACUCCAA